UGUGGUUUCCCCCCAGCCGGCAGGACCCAGACGUGCCGUGCAGCCUGGGCAUCUUGGGGCCUCAUCAGCGCAGGCAUGGAAGAGGCAGUGGUGCAGCCCUCAGUGUUUGUGGUGGACGGACAGACGGACAUCCCGUUCAUGAGGCUGGGGAGCAGCCAUCGAAGACAGCCCUGCAGUGCUGCCCGGCUGGGCAUGGGCCUCCUGCUGCUACUGCUGCUGGCUGGUCUGGCUGUGCAAGGCUGGUUUCUGCUGCAGCUGCAUUGGCGCCUUGGGGAGAUGGUUCCCCCCACGCCGGAGAGAGACACAGGAGCCUGGGAGCAGUUGAUGCAAGAGCGGAGGUCCUACCAGUCCAACCCCGCAGCACAUCUGACAGGAGCCAACUCUAGUUUGACGGGCAGCGGGGGCCCGCUGCUGUGGGAGGCGAAGCUGGGCCUGGCCUUCCUGCGGAACCUCCGCUACCGUGAUGGCGCCCUGGUGAUUGCCCGUGCCGGCUACUAUUAUAUCUACUCCAAGGUGCAGCUGGGUGGCGUGGGCUGCCCACAGGUGACCGGUGGCCUGCCCAUCACCCAUGGCCUCUACAAGCGCACACCCCGCUACCCCAAGGAGCUGGAACUGCUGGUCAGCCGGCGGUCACCCUGCGGGCGAGGGGCCAGCCCCCGCGUCUGGUGGGACAGCAGUUUCCUGGGUGGCGUGGUGCACCUCGACGCUGGGGAGGAGGUGGUGGUCCGCGUGCCGGAGGAGGGCCUGGUCCGACUCCGCGACGGCACCCGGUCCUACUUCGGGGCUUUCAUGGUGUGAAGGAGGGCGAUGGUGGCUCGGAUGGGGUCUGGCCACAGAGGAGCCUCACAGAACAGAAAACCCAACCAGCAGAGAUUGGAGGAUGCUCAGGGACCCCAAAACAUGGCAUGUGAGGAACUCAGCUGGCACCACCAGGAGCCAAGAACCCAGCCACCCCUAGAGGUUGGAGACCCAGUGGCCACCUCUGGAGAAAACCAAAAGAAGCUGCAGACCCCGCCACCGACAACGCCGGAGACAAAGACCAGGAGACUGGGGUCUGCAAGCCCCCAGACAGGGGGUAAACAUUGCUACUUGGUCCUCAGGAAGACCGGUGAGGGGUGGGUAUUUUGAUACGGAGGAAAGUGGAACUUGAGGGUCCAGGGACUUGUCUGAGAACAGGAAACAUCAAACUCCCCACUCUCACAAAUGUGGGCAGGGGUGGGGGGCUUUAUCACCAGGACUCAUAUGAGAUCCCAGCAGCACCCAUGGUCACAGUCACACUAAGUUCCACCCACAGGCUUGUAGCCACACCACAGCCAGGUCAUGAAAAGUUACACUCU